UCAAGUCGCAACUCGCAUGCCAUAUUAAAAGUACCGCUUUUGGCCAUCGGAGGCCCCUUCAUAUUUCGUCAGCUCUUUGAUGCAAAAUCUUUUACUUAUACCUAUUUAAUUGGUGAUGCAACGUCCCGUGAGGCACUUAUCAUUGAUCCCGUUCUCGAAAAAGCCGAGCGAGACAUCGAUCUGGUAAAAGAAUUGGACCUACGCUUACUCUACGCCAUCAACACGCAUGUCCACGCUGAUCAUGUGACCGGCACACGCAACUUGAAGCAGGCUAUCGAGGGCUGCCAGAGCGUGAUUUCUGUCCUGUCUAAGGCGAAGGCCGACAUGGUCUUCAACGACGGCGAUAUCCUCCACUGUGGAGGCAUUGAACUGGAAUGUAGAAGCACCCCAGGCCAUACACCAGGCUGCACGACCUUUGUGCUGCAUUCCGUUGGUGCGGCAUUCACUGGAGACGCCUUGUUUGUCCGCGGCUGCGGUCGGACCGACUUCCAGGAGGGUUCCGCAGAGCAGCUCUACGACUCUGUCCAUUCCAAGGUCCUUUCUUUGCCCAGAAAUUACUUUCUAUUCCCAGGACAUGACUACACCGGUCGCAUGAUGACCACUGUGGACGAAGAACGGAGAUUAAACCCCAGAUUCACUAAAUCGAAGGCGGAAUUUAUCGAAAUAAUGAACAAUUUAAAUCUUCCUCGACCAAAGCUCAUGGACCACGCCGAGCCACUUAAUAUGGCCUGUGGCGUCCCCAAUGAAUGA